CGGGCGCCUGUCUACGCAUGUGCAAGCUUUCCCCCUACUUUCCUCUUCCAAGUAGCUUUUACUAGAGCGGAGCCUCCCGCGCCAUUUCUGUGCGCCUGCGUCCUGUGCCCCUGCGCAGCCCGGGAGGCGGGUCUUAGCUCCAGGUGCGUGCGGCGGCUCCUUUGACGCGGCCCGGAACUGUGAGAUCUGGGGAGAGGGCGCCGGGUACAGCUGUGGAGAGGGGCGGUGGAAAGGCGAGAAGCCUGGACCGCUCCCCUCUGCGGCUCGGAAAGUGGUGUCUGCGGGUCCCCGGAAACAUCGGACUCCGAGACCUCCCAUUGAUCCACGGGGCGGGGUCCUUGGAGGGGACUGAGCGCCCCCUCCUGGGGACCGGCCCCCUUGGCCGUGGAGACGCAGUGGGACCCAGAUCGGUCGGAGACACUCCCUAAGCCCCCAGGGAGCCCCCGCUGGGCAGGGGGCGGGACCCCGGCUUCGGCCUCCGGCCUUCGGCUACGAUCGCCGCCGGGGCCAUUCCCGAGUGGCCUAUGUCCCUCGCGCGGGGUCAUGCAGACACUGCGGCCACCACGGCGGCACCUCUGUCGGAAGAAGGAGAAGUGACCUCCGGCCUCCAGGCUCUGGCCGUGGAGGACAGCGGAGGCUCCUCCGCCUCGGCCGGUAAGGCCGAGGAAGAGGGGGAGGGAGGCCGGGAGGAGGCCGAGCGUGAGGGCUCCGGGGCCGAGGACGCGCAGGGAGACGCCCCCGGCGCCGCUGGGGAAGAGGCUACGGAGGACGACCCCGAGGACUGGUGCGUGGCCUGCAGCGACGAGGAGGUGGAGAUGCCAGCGGCCGGGCAGGCCUGGAUGCCCCCGCCCGCGGAAAUCCAGCGGCUCUACGAGCUGCUGGCCGCCCACGGCACCCUGGAACUGCAAGCCGAGAUCCUGCCCCGCCGGCCGCCCACUCCGGAGGCCCAGAGUGAAGAGGAGCGGUCCGAUGAAGAGCCGGAGGCCAAAGAAGAGGAGGAGGAGAAACCACACAUGCCCACGGAAUUCGAUUUUGAUGAUGAACCGAUGACACCAAAGGACUCCCUGAUCGACCGGAGACGCACACCAGGAAGCUCAGCCCGGAGCCAGAAGCGGGAGGCCCGCCUGGACAAGGUCCUCUCCGACAUGAAGCGACACAAGAAGCUGGAGGAGCAGAUCCUGCGCACGGGCAGGGACCUCUUCAGCCUGGACUCGGAGGGCCCCGGCCCCGCCAGCCCCCCGCCCCGGGCCCCGGCCAGUAGCCUCUUCCCCCGGCAGCGGAAGUACUGACUGCGAGGCGCGCAGCUUCCAGGGUGUCCAGCGUCUGUGCUGCUGGAGGCUGGGAAACUUGGCAAGAGAGAGACUCCAGGGUCCCAGCGCAGCACCUGCAGGAAAGCGGUGUGUGUGUAUGUGUGUGCGUGUGUGUGUGCAUGUGUGUGUGUGCAUGUGCACGUGUGUGUGUGCAUGUGUGUGUGUGUGUGCGCGUGCAGACCAUCGAGCUGAAUUUGCUAAAACUAAAAUAAAAGAUGCAGUGUUAAAGAA